GUGGCCACGUUGGUUGCAUCUCCACACAGCUGAAAUCUUCGGUGCCACUCAGAUGAGGAAGAAUUUAAUCUGCCAAAAAACGAAGGGAAGGAAUCAAAUCCUGAGCACCAAAAGAGGGUGGGAAAAUUUGGCACGGCUUCAAAUGGCUCUUUCGGAAGAAUGAAAAAGGGAGCGUAUCAUCUAACAUGUCUUCAGAGGAAAGUGCAGUGAGAGAAGUGGCUGAGAGUGAAACGGAUUGCUCUGAAGGGCUAGAUGAGGCUUUUCGGGGCCACAUCGCCAGCUCACCGCUGGAUCCAUUCCCAUCCAGAGAUUUCAGAGGGAAGUUUAAAAAGAUGCGGCAAAAGAAGCGACCCACUAUUCUUGAAACAUCACCAGUGGGGAACGGAUACAGUAAACCUCCUGUACCUCCAGUCAGCUGUCCUCAGGGAGAAAGAGGUCCUCCAGCCAUGAUGCCCAUCAGCGUCGACCCGGAAAGCAAGCCGGGGGAGUACGUCCUAAAGAGUCUGUUCGCCAACUUCACCAACGUGUCAGAGCAAAAGAUCUGCAUCAUCAUGGCUGAGCCCCUGGAAAAGCCGUUGUCUAAAUCACUACAGAGAGGGGAAGAUCCUCAGUUUGACCAAUUGAUAAGCACCAUGAGCUCAUUGGCGGAAUACAGUCUACCAUCCAUCUUGCGUACGUUGUUUGACUGGUACAAAAGACAAAAUGGACUAGAGGAGGAAUUGCACGAGUACCGUCCGAGAGCAAACACCAAGUCCAAAAAUGAUGAGCAACAAAGGGACUAUCUACUUGAAAGGAGAGAUUUGGCAAUAGACUUCAUCUUCUCCCUUGUCCUUAUAGAAGUACUGAAACAGAUGCCGCUCUAUCCAGCCCUCGACGGUUUGGUCAAUGAAGUUAUUAACUUAGCUUUUAAGCACUUUAGAUACAAAGAGGGAUACAAUGGUCCCAACACUGCCAACAUGCACACUGUAGCAGAUCUAUAUGCUGAAGUCUUAGGAGUGUUGGCCCAAUCCAAGUUUCCUGCUGUGAAGAAGAAGUUUAUGACUGAGCUGAAAGAGCUUCGGCAGAAGGAGCAGAGCCCUUAUGUGGUGCAGAGCACAAUUAGCCUCAUCAUGGGGGUCAAGUUCUUCCGGAUUAAAAUGUAUCCUGUUGAAGAAUUUGAGGCUUCUUUUCAGUUCAUGCAGGAAUGUGCCCAAAUAUUUCUGGAAGUCAAGGAUAAGGACAUUAAGCAUGCCUUGGCUGGGCUUUUUGUUGAGAUCCUGGUUCCUGUUGCAGCAAUGGUGAAGAACGAGGUGAACGUACCUUGCCUGAGAAAUUUCGUGGACAGCUUGUACGACACAACAUUGGACCUAUCCUCCAGGAAGAAACACUCUCUGGCUUUUUACCCCCUGGUGACAUGCCUGCUUUGUGUUAGCCAAAAGCAAUUCUUCCUCAACAGAUGGCACGUCUUCCUCAAUAACUGCCUUUCAAAUCUGAAGAGUAGAGACCCUAAAAUGGCUCGAGUUGCAUUGGAGUCUUUGUAUCGACUGCUGUGGGUCUACAUGAUCAGAAUAAAAUGUGAGAGCAACACUGCAACACAAAGUCGUCUCAACACCAUUAUAACUACACUGUUCCCCAAAGGAUCUCGGGGUGUGGUACCAAGAGAUAUGCCUCUCAAUAUAUUUGUAAAAAUCAUUCAGUUUAUUGGACAGGAACGACUGGAUUUUGCCAUGAAGGAAAUCAUCUUUGACCUACUAUGUGUUGGUAAACCUGCAAAAGCAUUUAAUCUCAAUCCCGAGAGGAUGACUAUUGGCCUGAGGGCAUUCCUGGUUAUCGCUGAUAAACUACAGCAGAAGGAUGGUGAGCCCCCCAUGCCGAAUACAGGCUGCACUUUGCCUUCUGGGAACACAGUCCGAGUGAAAAAAACAUACCUGAGCAAAACACUGACAGACGAAGAGGCCAAAGUUAUUGGUAUGUCACAGUAUUACUUCCAUGUGCGAAAAGCUAUUGACAUCAUCCUCAGACAACUGGACAAGGACGUGGGGCGCUGCAUGAUGCUGACCAAUGCGCUGAUGUUGAACAAGGAGCCCGAAGAAAUGAUCACAGGUGAAAGGAAGCCCAAGAUUGACCUGUUUAGGACUUGUGUUGCUGCUAUUCCUCGAAUAAUUCCGGAUGGGAUGUCCAAGUCUGAGCUCAUAGACCUGCUCGCUCGUCUGACUAUCCACAUGGAUGACGAGCUUCGACUCAUUGCCCAGAAUUCCUUGCAAAGUCUUCUGUUGGAUUUUUCGGACUGGCGAGAUGAUGUCCUGUUUGGCUUUACCAACUUCCUCUUGCGCGAGGUCCAAGACACACAUCAGGGGUUGCUGGAUGGUUCCCUCAAGUUGUUAUUGCAGUUACUGACACAGUGGAGGCUGACUCAGGCCACUCAGGGAAAGAACCAUAACACCUCCAAAACUCACACUGUGGAGCUGAUGCAGUCCAACUCGAAUGUCAAGGCUCCCGCUGAGCGAGGUCCCCACUCCACCGUUCUCCACGCUGUGGAGGGACUGGCUCUCGUCCUGCUCUGCUCGUGUCAAGUGAGCACUCGCCGCCUGUCGAUCGCAAUUCUCAAAGAGAUUCGAAGCCUGUUUCAGACCAUCGGACAGUCUGAGGAAGAUGACAAACCAAUGAUAGAGAUUAUGGAUCAACUCAGCCCCGUAAUCCUGGAAAGUUUUGUUCACGUUGCAGCCUCUGACACGGCCGUCCUGCCAGCCGCUCACCCUGUGGAUCUUCAGUGGCUCGUGGAGUGGAAUGCAUUACUCGUCAACAGUCAUUAUGACAUUAGGAGCCCCUCUCAUGUUUGGAUCUUUGCCCAGUCUGUCAAGGACCCUUGGGUGCUGUGUGUCUACAGCCUCAUCCGACAGGACAACCUGCCCAAGCACUGCCCCACGGCCCUCAGCUACGCCUGGCCGUACGUCUUCACCCGGCUGCAGAUGCUCAUGCCUCUGGUGGACCCCAAUAAUUCGGUGUACCCAAAGAAGACCAGCACUUCUGGAGGUGCUGAUAACUAUGCAACCCUGUGGAGAAACUACCUGAUCCUUUGCUUUGGGGUGGCCAAGCCUAGUAUUAUGAGCCACGGCCACCUGAGAGCAUCGACACCUGAGGUCAUAGCUUCUACACCUGAUAGCGGUGUCAGCUCUGAUACCAAGGUUAUCGGAAGCCCAUCUGUGGCUUGGCUCCUGAAGCAGUUGGUUCCACUGAUGAGGGCAGACAGCAUCGAGUUGACAGAGGCGUUAGUUCUGGGAUUCGGUCGCACUAAUUCUCUCAUAUUCAGGGAGCUUGUGGAGGAGUUACAUCCCAUCAUGAAGGAGGCAUUAGAAAGAAGACCCGAGAACAAAAAGAGACGUGAGCGGCGAGACCUGCUGAGACUGCAGCUGCUGCGCAUCUUUGAGCUUCUAGCCGAUGCAGGUGUUGUUAGUGACAGCACAAACGGAGCUCUGGAGCGAGACACCUUUGCCCUCGGUGCUCUGUUCCUGGAAUAUGUGGAUCUAACCCGAACGCUUCUGGAAGCCGAGAAUGACAAAGAUGCAGAGAUCCUCAAGGACAUUCGAGCUCACUUCAGUGCCAUGGUGGCUAACUUCAUCCAGUGUGUACCAGUGAGCCAUAGGGGCUUCUUGUUUCCACAGCAGAGCCUUCGGCAUCACCUCUUCAUCCUUUUCAGCCAGUGGGCUGGCCCUUUCAGUGUCAUGUUUACUCCUCUGGACCGCUACAGUGACAGGAAUCAUCAGAUCACAAGAUAUCAGUAUUGUGCACUAAAAGCCAUGUCUGCUGUGCUCUGCUGUGGACCGGUCUUUGAUAACGUUGGCCUCUCUCCUGAUGGAUACCUCUAUAAGUGGCUGGAUAAUAUACUAGCCUGCCAAGAUCAGCGGGUCCAUCAGCUGGGCUGUGAAGUUGUCAUCUUGCUCCUGAAGCUCAACGCUGACCAGGUCAACCUCUUCAACUGGGCUGUGGAUCGCUGCUACACAGGCUCCUUCCAGCUUACAUCGGGCUGCUUCAAAGCCAUUGCUACAGUUUGCAGCAGCAGCAAGAACUAUCCAUGUGACAUAGUAACACUGCUGAAUCUGGUCCUCUUCAAGGCAUCAGACACCAACAGAGAAAUUUAUGAAAUUUCAAUGCAGCUGAUGCAGAUUCUUGAAUCCAGGCUGUUCCUGUACUCUAAGAAGGUUGCCGAGCAGAAACCCAGCAGCAUCCUGUAUGGCACCCACGGUCCAAUGCCACCUCUGUACAGCGUCUCCCUGCCCCAGCUCUCCAGCCAGCUAUCUAGGCAGUACCCUGAACUCACACUUCCCUUGUUUUCAGAGAUUAGCCAAAGAUUCCCUACUACUCAUCCCAAAGGGAGGCAGAUCAUGCUCACCUAUCUCCUGCCGUGGCUUGGUAACAUUGAGCUGGUGGACAGUGGUUUGCUGCUUCCUUCACUCGCUCCUUCAACCCCUAGCUAUGACUCUUCAAACCCGCUGAACACAGGUUCACCACACCAGCUAAAAGGCUCAGGCUGGGGAUCCUUACAGGCCACAUCUUUGGUUCUUAAUAACCUCAUGUUCAUGACCGCAAAGUAUGGAGAUGACUUACCAGGACCAGAGAUGGAAAACACCUGGAAUGCUUUAGUCAGCAGUGAGAAGUGGAGCAACAAUCUGAGAACCACCCUGCAGUUCCUCAUCAGCUUAUGUGGCGUCAGCAGCCACACCAGUCUUCUUCCAUAUAUCAAGAAGGUCGUGACCUAUCUCUGUAGGAAUAACACCACGCGAACCAUGGAGGAGUUAGUCUUUGAAUUACAGCAAACAGAUCCAGUCAACCCGAUGGUGCAGCACAGCGACAGCCCUCCUUUCUAUUGCUUCACUGCCACAGGCAAAACCUCUGUCGCUUCAGGCACCACCUCGAGCAGCAACACUGUUGUGGCAGCCCAGGACAGCUUUCCUGACCUAGAUGACACCAAGACUGCAAAAGAGAACGAUGAAAGGCGUAGUCAUUUAAUGCGAGCACACAACCGUCUGGAAUCACGUUACAGCAACAGUUCUGGAGGAUCUUAUGAUGAAGAAAAGAGCGAACUUCUGCCCCCUUAUGCUGAUUGGCUGAUGGCGGUUUUGGAGAGCAACCAGCCCCAUUCUCUCCCUAUGCCUCUCAAUGGAGGAUGCUGGGCUCCUCUGGUGGACUUUUUACCUGAGACCAUCACUCCUAGAGGUCCUUUGCACAGAUGUAAUAUUGCAGUCAUCUUCAUGGCAGAAAUGGUUGUGGAUCACAGUAUAAAAGAGGACUGGACCAUUCAUCUGCCUUUGCUUCUGCACGCUCUAUUUCUAGGCAUGGAUCACUAUCGUCCAGAGGUGUUUGAGCACUGCAAACGUCUCCUUCUCCACCUGCUCAUCACUUUGCCCUGUAACAGCAACUGUCAGGCCAUUGCAUCAGUUUUGUUACAGACCCGUGAGAUCAACGUCACCAAGACCCUCACCUGCAAACCAUAUCUUCAGCCGGAGUUUUCAUCUUCAGGGGGAUUUGACUUUCUGCGGGAGUGCCAGGCAUCUCCCGUGCCAGACUCCGGGCUGAGCUCUUCCUCUACAUCAUCCAGUUUAAGUCUGGGAGGCAGCAGCAAUAAUCUGCCGGAGAUUAUGCAGGAGAUGGAGGAGCUGGUGGGGCCCGGGAAAACAAAUGAGAAGGCCAGCAAGCUCAUUGAGUUUUUGGCAACAAGACCAUAUGGACCACUUUGGUGCCAUGAAGACAUUUCACCAAAGAACCAAACCUCAAAAAGUAUGACACAGCUGACAAACUUUCUCCGACAUGUGUUGUCAGUGUUUAAAGAGUCCAAGUCAGAUUUCCAUCUGGAGCAACAACUUAGCGAGGUGGCGCUGCAAACAGCCUUGUGCAGUUCGUCUCGUCACUACGCUGGUCGCUCCUUCCAGGUGUUCCGGGCCCUUCACCUGCCCAUCUCUGCCCACGCCGUGUCUGACCUGCUCUCACGGCUUGUUGAAGUUGUUGGUGAACACGGAGAAGAAGUGCAGGGCUAUGUGAUGGAAGUCUUACUCACACUGGAAUCUGUGGUGGACAACUUGGCAGAAUGCCUCAAGAACAAUGAUCUGAUGGCUGCCUUGACAAGAGCCACAUCUCCAGAUUUCCUUACUAGCCUCAAGCAGCUUUCCAACAGGAAAAGCACAGGACAACUCAACCUAAGAAGAGAAGAGAGGAUCCGGCAUCAGAGGAGCUCCUCUGUUCCUAAGAAGUUCGGAGAGGCUGACAGGCUCUCUGAUCCGCCGCGUAGCGCCACACUCGAUCGUAUCCAGGCCUCUGAACAGCAGGGCCUGCUGGCAAAGAUCCGGGGCUCGUCUGCUCUUAAAGACAACGUCACUGACCCAAUGAGCAUCAACCACCCUAGCAACCUGAUGGCCACCAUAUUCUGGGUGGCAGUGUCCCUGAUGGAGUCAGACUUUGAGUUUGAAUAUCUUAUGUCUCUACGCCUCCUGAACAAACUUCUAUCCAAUAUAUCGCUUGACAAGCUGGAGAACAGGGAGAAGCUGGAGAAGCUGCAAAGUCAGCUGAAAUGGAGCAGUUUCACUGGACUCCAGCAACUGCUGUUGAAGGGCUUCACUUCUCUGUCCACCACUGAUCUCACGCUCCAACUCUUUUGCCAACUUGCACCUGUAUCACGAGUCCCUGUAGUGGACACCUCACAAGCCAUAGGUUUUCCCUUGAAUAUUCUGUGCCAGCUUCCACAUCUUGUGCAGCACUUUGAUGCCCCCACACAGUUUUGUCAAGAGGUUGCUGAGAAAAUAGCCCAGGUAAGCCACGAAGAGAAAAAUGCCAAACUCUCCAACCUUGCUCACGUCAUGACCCUGUAUAAAACACGUUCAUACACACGGGACUGCUUCUCCUGGGUCAAUGUCAUGUGUCGGUAUCUUCACGAGGCUUUCCCAGACGUCACGCUGAAUCUGGUCACUUACAUGGCUGAGCUGUUGGAAAAGGGUCUCCCCAGCAUGCAGCAGACACUUCUACACAUCAUUUCCAGCCUUCUGAGUCACAUGGAUCUGAGUGGAAUUCAAGCCAAACCCUUUAACAUGGAGGUGCUGAAGACAAUUGAAAAGUUUGUCCAUACUGUCCAUUGGAGAGAGGCCCUAAAUAUCCUGAAGCUAGUCGUUUCUCGAUCAGCCAGCUUGGUUCAACCUUCAUUCCCACAGAGUGACCUUUCCUAUGAGGACAUCAGCUGCAUCUGGGACCGGUCUUCCAAGGCUCUGCCUGGGAAAACCCUGGAUUUCCACUUUGACAUAUCUGAGACCCCACUGAUUGGUCGCCGUUUUGAUGACUUACAGUGCUCACCGGGUCGUGAUGCCAAGAGCAGUAAGACGGCAGUGACCCGCAGCACUUCCUCUACCUCCUCUGAAUCCAACUCCAACAACGUCCUGGUGCCAGUCAGCUGGAAAAGACCUCAAUCUUCACAAAAAAGAACACGUGAAAAACUGGUAAAUGUGUUGUCUCUGUGCGGACAAGAAGUCGGCCUCACAAAAAAUCCUUCGGUGAUUUUCUCUAGCUGUGGAGACUUGGACCUCAUGGAGCACCAGCCCAGCCUGGUGUCCUCCGAUGAGGGCAAUCGAGAACAAGACAAUAUGGACGACGUCACAUCAGAGCAGCAGUUCAGAGUCUUCAGAGACUUUGAUUUUUUAGAUGUGGAGCUUGAAGAUGGGGAGGAGCUACAGGGAGAAACUAUGGACAGCUUUAACUGGGGGGUGCGUCGACACUCUAUGGACAGUUUGGAUCAGAGUGACCUCCAGCCCCUGGAAGAGAGUCAGCUGUCCAGCAGCAUGCCCAGCCUCAGCAAGAUCACGCAUGAAGACUCAGAUGAUUCGUCUGAGGAGGAUUCCUUAGUUACCAGCCAAACACUCUCCCACUCCCAGCUUAAUGUCAGCCUCUCUCCAACUGCCGAAAUCAGUAGCAUGGAUGCGCCAUCUGCCUUUUCUGAUAAAACUUCGACAGAUUCAACUCCUCCUAGUACCAAAAACCCCAGUUUCGAUGUCCAACUGCCAGACGACUCGAAGCAGCGGAGUGAGUUUUCACAAGAAGAUGAAGACACCAAUGUCCAUGAAGACGACUUGUCGCUCUCAAUCAGCGAUCUUCACCUCGAGUGUCACUCAGAGGACAGUUUGACAACAGACUUGAUUUCCAGUGGUUGUAAAGCAGAGCUGGACCUGGACUCCUGUGCACUUAGUCUUGCAGAAGAAGAGAUGGAUAACUUACUGGAAUCGCAUUCCUCACCGCCACCAUCACCUUUCUUCUCUGCUAUUUUGGCCGCUUUUCAACCUGCAGUGUGCGAUGAUGCAGAGGAGGCCUGGCGGAGUCACGUCAACCAGCUUGUGUCUGACUCCGAUGGAUCCUGUGCAGUUUACACCUUUCAAGUGUUUUCAUCGCUUUUCCAGAGUAUCCAGAGUAAAUUUUGUUUACUGACAUGUGACGCCGUGAAUUAUAUUGGCGAUGGCUUGAGAGGGUUGGGAUCAAAGUUCAUUAAGUCUUCUGAGAUGCUGACCUCUUGCUCAGAAUGUCCAACAUUGUUUAUCGAUGCAGAUACAAUCAUGUCUUAUGGGCUUUUGGAAAAAAUGAAAUUCAGUGUGUUGGAACUUCAAGAAUACGUUGACACCUACAACAACAAAAAGGAGGCAGCUCUCAGUUGGUUAAAGGACUGUAAAGCAACUUUUCCCAGAAGCACUGAAGACUCAACAAUAACAUGUCAUCCAGCGCAGCAUGAGGAAAAGCAAAUGGAAACUCUAGCUCAACUGGAGCUCUGUCAAAGAUUGUACAAACUCCAUUUUCAGUUGCUGCUGCUUUUUCAGUCCUAUUGUAAGCUGAUUGAAAUGGUCCAUGCAAUAUGCUCUGUUCCAGAGCUCACAGAUAUGUCACAAGAGUUAAGUCAGUUGAAAAGCAAUCUGAGAAUAGCAGCUGCCUCAGUGACUGCAGAUGAAAUCGCCGUCUGUGAGAGCUCUCGCUCUGAGCCCGUCUUCAGCUCCUCUGAAGCUGCAGUGCAGGCCAUCCUGGAGAAUAUGAAGAUCAAAGAGUUUCAAACAGCCAUUCGCUGCAUCCGUGAGUGCAGGACAACAUGGCCCAACGACAUCUUUGGUGCUCAUUCUGAGGAUGAGGUCCAAACAUUGCUGAAUAUCUAUUUCCGACAUCAAACCUUAGGUCAGACUGGAACAUUUGCUCUGGUGGGCUCCAAGCAGGACCUCACGGAAAUUUCUGCCAAGCUGAUGGAACUUAAUGGAGAAACACGCGACAUGAUCCGACAAGCCCAGGGCUACAGCGCUAUCACAGCUUUCCUCCCAGACUCCAGGAUUUCAGGAUCAACUCUGUAACUGUGACCUGGGAGUAUUGGAAACAGAAAACUGUAAUUCAGCCUCUCUUCUCUCUCCGUGUUCAAGGCAGCUGCUUUCACUUUAUUUUAAAAUCAAUUUGUGCGCUCUCUGGGGAAUAGAACAAAAUCUUCCUUUUGGAGAAUGUCUGACAGCUAGAAUGUCAGAAAUGCAGCAAUACAUUUCUCUUAAAUAGCUGAGGGACUUUGCUGUUGACAACAUGAAGAGCUUUUCUUGCACUACCAAUAGAAGCAGUCAAUGCAUCUGUCUUGCUACUGAGGACAACUGUAACAUUUAACAAUGAUACCAAAGUUAGGAGAUUUUCCAUUGGAUUUCAUGUUUUAAAUAUAUAGGGAAAACGUGCAAUUCUUCUCGGAAGUGGAAGACCUUUUGUCUGCAGAACGAAUGUAUUUGAGUAUCACAGGAUUGAAAACACUGGAGAGAAAACUGAUGUGUGCUAUUUUGUGAGGGAGUCUCUGAGUUGUGAGUGCUCUGGGGUGUAUGAAAUUAAUCACAAUGACCAUCAUAGAUGGCAUAUUUGACUCGGAUUUGUGGGAGUGGUUGAUGCUUUACUUUAACAGAUUGCAAAAGUACUGUAAUGUAAAACAAAGAAAAGGAAAAAACCUACAUGCUGCUCAGUGGGUUUUCUGCUACCUAAAAUAUUUUACUGUACCUUUUAACAGAGCAACUUUGCAAACAGAUAAAUUAUUUAUAUUUUAAAAAGACAACAUGCUUUUAUCAGACUAGUUUUGCAGAAGACAAAUAUAUUUUUGAUCAGUUACACUUGCCAUGCUCGCAAAUCUGUGUACUAUUAAAAAAUAGAAAACUUUAAAUAAAUAAACUAUUUUAUUUGAAUUGUAUAUAUUAGUACGAGAACCUUGCCCAGGCUUCUAAGAUUGUAUGUUUAUGUUGUUAACUAAGUUUCUUGCUGAAUGAGUAAACAUAAAUGUCAAGCUUCAAAAGCUGUAGCCUUGUAAAUAUAUCUGCCUUGGCAAUGUACUGAAUUUUUGUGACUUGUAUACUUAUCAAUAAAUUUGUUAACUAAAAUUA